AUGCCUUCUGAAACUUGCGAAGAUGAGUUCUACGAAAAGCACUAUUCGUUCGAAUCCUCGCUGCUCAACGUGUUCUAUCUCAUCAACAAACCAAUCAACCAGGACAAAGACGACGUCGAACUCAUCGUUUGUAAAUGUCCAAAGCGACUCAGGUAAUAUAUACUUAUUUUCGUGGAAGUUUCUUUUUACAUAACCGCAAAGUUUCGCUUUUCCGGCGCCUCGAAAUUUGUGUUUAUUUCGCUGAUUUUUCACAACAAUGAAUGACACUUGAAUUCAAUAAAUUUUGUCAAAAUCUGGUAAACAAUCAGCGAAAUUACACCGCGCGCGCCGUAAUUAAUACCGACAUUUUAUUUUUUCAGCAUCAAGUCUGCGCUCAAAGGUCAGAUUUUCGUGCGGAAUGUGGAGCAGUCGAUGAGCAAAAUCCGUUCGAAUGUUAUCAGUUUCAUUGCCGCCUGGCCGCUGGAGAAACGUCUCGAGGACGCUUUGAACGAUCCGAAUUGCGAUCAGAAAUUUUUUUAG